UUCCUUGAUUUUGGGAACCUCAACAUAAUACAACACCACCAAAUAAUCUGCAUAUAACUAACUUAAAGUUGCCAUUGCCACAAGGUGCUAGUUACAAAGUUGUACCAACACUGACCAAGAAAAUGCUGUGCCAGUGAAAAUAGUUACUGUUUUAUGCUUCAAGACACGAGCAAGAUGCAGUUUGUAUGUCUCUUGCUCGUUCUGGAACUGGCUGAAGAUAUACUUUUUAUCAGUUAUCUUUAUGCUCUACUUAAUAUAUGCAUUGGUGAAGUUAGUUUAUCAUCCAGUUGAUUAUUACUUUAUGGGCAUCAUAUAUCAUUUUCUAUCUCUUGUCCAUCCACUUGAUUACAAGAGGAGGAAUGAAUUUCAAGGGCUUCCCCAGUCACAUGCUUGCUUUUCUAAUUUUCAUCUUCAAUGCUUUGACAGAGUGAAUGUGUCUGUUGGUGAAAAAGAAGAAAGAGUGAUGACGACUGGGAUGCACACUGUUGCUGACAUAUUUUGUGUUGGUUGUGGAUCAAUAGUAGGGUGGACAUAUGAGACUGCCCAUGAAAAAAGCCAGAAGUACAAGGAAGGAAAAUCUGUGCUUGAGAGAUACAAGGUUUCAGGUCCCGAUGGAAGCAAUUACUGGGUCAGCCAUGGAGCACAUAUUGGUGGAAGUGAUGCAGAUGAUGCUUAAUUACCCUUUAUUUAAACCCCCCUUCUUUAUUUAAACAAAUGGUUUGAAUCUCUUGUUACCUAUGAAAGGGCCAGUUUCUGGAAAAUUCUGAAUCUUGAGCAGGGCGUAGGUACUGCCCAGUGAUUGCCCUCUUCAAAAUGGGUAGGGCAGAAUGCAGUCCCUUGUUCUCUAUUCUAGAAUAUCCGAUCCAUCCUCUCUUAAUUUCUUCUUAAGCUUGUGGUGGAAGUUUGUUUCUGCACAUCCGCGUUCAGUUCUUGGAUGCCUUACCUCCAUAAAGAAAUUGAUUCUGCAUAUUCCCAA